AUGACGAACAUGUUAAGCAAUGAAGUGGUAACACGUAACUGUCUGAGCUCUCUAAGAGCUAUCCGGACUGAUAUUCCCGCAGAUCACUACGAGGGGUGCCGUAAGGCGGCCACUGACUUUAAGCUGGCUCACUACGUCAACAACUCCAUCAAGGAGCUUGAUAUCAAACGGGACUAUUAUGACGAGGUGACGUGGUGUUUCUGCUACUUUGACAACCGCUGCAACAGUGCCGCCACUACGACAGUGUCACUAGUCACAAUCCUGGCCUCGACGUUGUUAGCUCUAAAGAUGUACAUGUGAUCCUUAGUGUAACUUGUUGUAAGCCUGAAUCUCACUUCUGCAGUCAUGACUCAAGUUUGCUACUAAUCUAGAUACAAAUUUGAAAUUGUGACAUAAAUAGGUAAGGUUCCAGCAAACUCUUAUACCUGACGCAAACACAAAGUUGCAAACCAGCUGCACCGACAAUCAGUUGGCUACCAAACAUAACUCCUUUCCACGCACAGGUGUAAACAUAUGCACUCGUGAAUAAUUCUUAUUGUAUUUUACAUUUGUACCCUAGGCUAUUGGUAGCAACUAAAUAGCUAACUCAGUUGAAUAAAAAUCAAAUCCUAUCUUUAAUUGAUAAGAUUGGUUGAGAAAUCCUUGUUUUAAGAUGCGAAAUUCAGCUUUCUCUGUGUGCGCUGGCCUUUAACAUUUCACUUGUACAAUUUUACUUUUUUACCAAUCUUUUUUAUUUUUACUUUUAUUGCACAUAUGUAUUUAUUGAUGUUUAAUACAGGGUGCGGCAAAAAAACCGAUCCAUUUUCUGCAGAGCACUGUUCAGCAACAGGUAGUCUGAGAGUGGUGGAGUAGGCUCGUUGGAAAGCCUACACAAAGCCAUUUUUUGUAGUCAUAGCAGUGGUUGCCUGAGCUACAUGCGGUUGUUAUGGAGUUGUUUUAAAAAAGUAUUGAAUUCAUUUAUUGCAGCUCAGCGGCAUCGGCAGUUUCAUGCAUUCUUUCAAUUAAGACGACAUGGAGAAGUUCCGUUGCGUAUCACAAUAAUGUGGUGGGUUACUAACUUUAGAACGGCUUCUGCGUUGAAAAGGAAGCUGAAAGGCCGUCCAAAGUCAGAUCGGACGCCAGACAACUAACAUUCGAUAGAGUUUGUGCUGCUGUGGAAAACAGUACUCGCAGGCCCGCCCGAAAACAAGCGGCUUGCCGAACAUGUCUGUGCUCAGUUACACGAAUUUUGAGGUUAAUUUUCAUCCCUACAAAUUAAUUAGAAUAAUAACCUGUUUAAUUGUGUUAUCCAUACAGAUAAUCACGACGGAACCUCUCCAUGUGGACCUAAUAAAUAAAAGCACGGAACUGCCACUGAAUUGCAAUAACUGAUUUACUAUUUUUUUUAAACGACUAGAUAACAACCGCACGUAGCUCAUACAACCACUGCUCUAUGAUUACAAGAAAUGGCAUCGUAUAGGCUAUCCAACGAGCCUACUCCCACCACCCUCAGACGGCCUGUCGCUGAACAAUAAUGCGCUGAAGAAAAUAGAUCGGUUUUUUUGCCGCACCCAUAUUUGCAAUGGCUCCAACGCCUGUACACAUUUCAAAGACCUUAAUUUAAAUGUAAUUGAUUUAAAAAAUUUCAGGGCUGUGCGAAUAGUUCGAAAAACGAAUCGAAUCCGAAUCUUUUUAGAGAUUCGAUUCGGAUUCGAGAACGAAUCUACUGUUUCUAACUGGAUUCGGAG